ACAAAAACCCUUGAAAAACACUCCAUUAUUACAGUCUCAACAAACAAGAUGUGAUGUUUUUUUUUUCACCCAAUUCUUCUAGGUUGGAUGAGAGAUGAUGAUGAUCAUGAAUAGAAUCCAGAGACGCCCUUCACCCAAUACAUCAUUUGCGUUGUUUCGUUAUUCUACCUCAAAUGCCACAACUACUAUCCAAAACCCACCUGAAAAAUCACCAUUUUUGAAGAAGAUUGUUCGAAACCAAGUACGGAAAAUGUUGUCAGUGAAAAGCAAAACAGGAUUCCGGGAUUUGAAUGAGGCACUUCGUCUGUUUGAUGAAAUGACCCGAGUGCUGCCGCCUCCUUCAGUCGUAAGUUUCUGCCAACUUCUAGGGGCUGUUGUUAAGAUGAAGCAUUAUGCCCCUGCUGUUUCUCUUUUCAAAAGAAUGUGCACUUUGGAUAUGCCCAUUGAUGCUUAUACCGUGUCAAUAGUGAUCAACUGCUAUUGCCAUUUGAAUAGGGUGGAUUUGAGUUUUACAAUCUUAGGCUGGUUACUGAAGAGUGGUUAUGAACCUGAUGUUACCAUCUUCACUAAUCUGAUAAAGGGUUUCUUUUUUGGGAACAAUGUUGUGGAGGCGGAGGAAUUAUUCAACAAGUUGGUCAGAGAAAAAAUCUGUGAGGUCAAUGAAGUAAUGUAUGGGACCAUGAUAAAUGGGCUGUGCAAAUCUGGUAAUACACAGAGGGCGAUUGGAAUGUUGAGAAUGAUGGAGGGAGGAAAUUGCAAGCCUAAUUCCGUAGUGUACAACACUGUUAUUAGUGGUCUGUGCAAGGAUAGGAUGAUUGAUGAUGCUCUCCAACUUCUUUCAGAAAUGAUUGAGAAGGGGAUUCAACCUGAUGUUAUCACAUGUAGUUCGUUAAUUGAAGGCCUUUGCAAUUGUGGCAGAUGGAAGGGGGCUAAAAAGUUAGUUUCUGACAUGGUGGAAUUAGAUGUGUAUCCAGAUGUUAUUACCUUGAAUAAAUUGGUUCAUGCUUUUAGCAAGAAAGGGCUAGUUAAAGAGGCAGAGGGGAUAGUUCAGAUCAUGGUUCGAAGUGGUGAAGGUCCUAAUGCAUUCACCUACUCUGCGCUAAUGGAUGGAUAUUGUUUGCGAGGGGACAUGAACAAAGCAGCUAAAGUCUUAGAGAUCAUGAUGGCUAGAGGAUGUGCACCAGACAUUUAUUGCUACAGUGUCCUUAUAAAGGGAUAUUGCAAGAAAGGGAACAUAGAUGAUGCCUUAACCUUGUUUCAUGAGAUUCCUCAGAAAGGACUGAAGCCAACAGUCAUCACCUACAACACUGUGUUACAGGGAUUAUUUGAUAUAGGCAGAUCUGCUGAUGCUAUUGAGCUUUUCAAGGAGAUGCAAGCUCAAGGAGUGAGUCCAACUUUAUCCACUCAUAAUAUCUUGAUAACUGGCGUGUGCAAGAAUGGAUUUGUUGCAGAAGCUCUUUCAUUAUUGCGGCGGAUGGAAAAUAGUCACUUAAAUCUUGACAUAAUAACGUAUAAUGCUGUCAUUGAUGGGCUAUGUAGGGAUGGGAAGUUUGAUGCUGCCAAAGAUUUGUUUGACAAACUUCCAUCUAGAGGAUUGCAGCCUGAUGUCAUAACAUAUACUAGUUUGAUAAAUGGCCUUUGUCGAGAAGGGCUACUGAGUGAGGCCAAAGAGUGGCUUAAAAAAAUGGACAAGGAUGGUUGUCCACCCAACAGUGUGACCUACAACACUAUUGUUCGGGAGUUCCUUAAAAGGAGUGAGCAUCACGAGGCGAAGCUACUUCUGGAGGAAAUGAGGAGGCUUGAUUUCUCCCCUGAUCAAUAUACUCGUUCUUUGGCACUAGAUCAGCAUCUAUCUGAAGGGCAAGAGCCUGUUAUCCUUGAUGAGAUGAUCAGUCCCUUGCAGCCAGAUAAUAAGUUGAAGUCUUCAAAUGCAAAUUGAAGGUUAUUCAAUUGUUUUGUGACUGCAUAAAGAUGAAAGUAAGGUAGUUCUAUGCCCCAUUAAAAUUUUGACCAACAAAAUCAACUUGGG